GUCACUAUAUCCAACAACUUGUUAAAAAAAAUUGUCCACAAACAUGGCCAACUUGAGAUCUUCUUUUGUUUUCUUCCUCCUUGCUUUUGUGACUUAUACUCAUGCUGCCACUAUCGAGGUCCGAAAUAACUGUCCGUACACAGUCUGGGCAGCAUCGACCCCGAUAGGUGGUGGUCGACGUCUCAAUCGGGGCCAGACUUGGGUGAUCAAUGCCCCGAGGGGCACUAAGAUGGCACGUAUAUGGGGCCGAACCGGAUGUAACUUUAAUGCUGCAGGUAGGGGUUCGUGCCAGACCGGUGAUUGCGGUGGGGUCCUACAGUGCACUGGGUGGGGUAAACCCCCAAACACCUUGGCCGAAUACGCCUUGGACCAGUUCAGCAACCUAGAUUUCUGGGACAUUUCUUUAGUUGAUGGAUUCAACAUUCCCAUGACUUUUGCCCCGACCAACCCUAGUGGUGGGAAAUGUCACGCAAUUCAUUGCACGGCUAAUAUAAAUGGUGAAUGCCCUCGUGCCCUUAAGGUUCCUGGAGGAUGCAACAACCCUUGUACCACUUUCGGAGGACAAAAAUAUUGUUGCACCCAAGGUCCAUGCGGUCCUACAAACGAGUCAAAAUUUUUCAAGAAAAGAUGCCCUGAUGCCUAUAGCUACCCACAAGAUGAUCCUUCAAGCACUUUUACUUGCCCUAGCGGUAGUACAAAUUAUAGGGUUGUCUUUUGUCCUAAUGGUGUUACUGGCCCAAAUUUCCCCUUGGAGAUGCCUGGAAGUGAUGAAGUGGCUAAGUAAAUUUGAGUUUCUAUACUCUGUUUAUGUUGCUUGAAGUGGUCAAGUGAUAUUUGCCGUAAUAAGCCUAAGACCUGAAUAAGAGUCACAUCAUCACAUGUACUUUUGUCUUGAUUUUUAUGAAAUCGACAGUGCAUUUGGAUAA